UUAACUCCUCAGUCCUCUCUCCCCUCUGUCCACACUCUUUAUAAUUUAUUUUAAACUUUCCACUACCUCCGCCACCGCGCUUCCUCCGUCGCGUGCCACCUUCUCCGAUACGCUUUCUGGUGAAGCCUCUGAUCUUCCAGUUAUCAUAUAUAAUUAUGGAUAAGAACAUUAUGAGCUCCAUGUAAAGAAAAAACAAUUAUUUGUUAUUAGAAAGAAAACAAGAAAGUUAAACAUCGUUCUGUACCCAUGGCUUCCAUCAUUGGAGAAGUCGGGAAGGAUCUUGAAAUGGGAGUCAUAACUGAGCCCUCAUUGACGUCGCCGACUCCAUCUCCGAGGGUUCCGGCGCUCAUAGUAUCAAAUUCCGGCAAGUCAUUAGCUGGAUCGAACUCCGGCAAGUCGUUGGUGGUUUCCAAUUCCGGGAAAGCCUUGAUCUUGUCUAAUUCCGGCAAAAAAAUGGACCAAUCGGGGAAGAAGAAGUACGUGAAGCAGGUGACCGGGCGGCACAACGACACGGAGCUGCAUCUGGCUGCGCAGAAGGGUGACGUGGCAGCAGUGAGGCAGAUAUUGAAUGAGAUCGAUGAGCAGAUGCUGCAGACAACGGGUGGCACCGAGUUUGAUGCCGAACUUGCGGAGAUCAGGGCAGCCGUGGUGAAUGAGGUCAAUGAAUUGGGGGAGACUCCUCUUUUCACUGCGGCCGAGAGAGGGCAUAUUGAUGUGGUGAAGGAGUUGCUGCCUUACACCACUAAGGAGGGGAUCACCUCCAAGAACAAGUCAAGCUUCGACCCCUUGCACAUUGCUGCGAGUCAAGGCCAUCAUGGUAUUGUCCAGAUACUGCUUGAGCAUGAUCCUGGGCUAAGCAAGACGGUUGGUCAAUCAAAUUCAACUCCUCUUACUUCUGCAGCGACAAAAGGUCAUCUGGCAGUUGUUAAUGAAUUGCUUUCAAAGGAUUCAAGCUUGGUAGAGAUACCGAAAUCAAAUAAAAAGAAUGCUUUACAUUUGGCUGCCCGUCAAGGGCAUGUGGAUAUUGUUAAAGCAUUGCUUGAAAAGGACACUCAACUGGCAAGGAGAACCGAUAAGAAAGGGCAGACUGCACUGCAUAUGGCUGUAAAAGGCAUUAGUUGUGAAGUUGUAAAGUUACUUCUGCAGGCAGAUGCAGCCAUUGUGAUGCUUCCAGAUAAAUUUGGCAACACUGCGUUACAUGUAGCCACCAGAAAAAAACGUGCUGAGAUUGUGCAUGAACUAUUACUGCUCCGUGACACAAAUGUCAAUGCAUUGACAAGAGACCAUAAAACAGCCCUUGACAUAGCUGAAAGUCUCCCUCUAUCAGAAGAAAGUACUGAAAUAAAAGACUGCUUAAUUCGAUAUGGUGCUGUCAGAGCCAAUGAAUUGAACCAGCCGCGGGACGAGCUUCGGAAAACUGUUUCAGAAAUCAAGAGAAAUGUCCACACUCAGCUCGAACAAGCUCGUAAAACCAACAAAAACAUGAAUGGCAUUGCCAAGGAGCUUAGGAAGCUCCACAGAAAAGGAAUUAACAAUGCCACUAAUUCAGUCACUGUGGUGGCUGUGCUAUUUGCAACAGUUGCUUUUGCUGCAAUUUUUACGGUUCCUGGAGGUGAUGAUAAGAACGGGAUGGCUGUGACGGUAAGCAAGCCGUCUUUCAAGGUUUUCUUCAUUGCUAAUGCUGUUGCCCUUUUCACAUCUUUGGCUGUUGUGGUAGUGCAAAUUACUGUAGUCAGAGGUGAAAUAAAAUCCGAGAGACGAGUUGUAGGGGUUAUCAAUAAGUUAAUGUGGUUGGCUUCUGUUUGCACUACCGUGGCAUUUAUUGCUUCAUCUUACAUUGUUGUCGGAAAGCAUAAUAAGUGGGCUGCUGUUCUUGUCACCAUCAUAGGAGGAGUUAUUAUGGCCGGGGUUCUUGGUACCAUGACGUAUUAUGUGGUGAAGUCUAGAAGGAUACGGAAAGUGAGGAAGAAAGAAAAGUAUUCGAGAAGUGGAACUAACUCAUGGCAUAACUCAGAUUGUUCCGAGACUGAAGUAAACCCCUUUUAUGCAAUCUGAUGCAGCCAUGGCUUGAGACUGGCAUCCUCCAUCCCACGUGAUGGUAAAUAUCAAGAAUAUAACCUGUUAGAGAAUGCAAUGUGACAUUUACAUGGUCUAAUCUGUGGAUACGAGACGCACAGUUUGGGCUGUCAUAACUAGAGGAUGUUUCGUGGAACUGACAGAUAAGAGUACACACUGGAAUUGACUGUGUUGAGAUUUUAAGGUUGAUCAGAGCAUUAUGUGUAUGCUACACAGGGCAGAUAAAACAUCUCGUACUCUGAAGAUCUUUGUAUUGUUCAGGAUGUAUAUCAUAAUAGUAUCAGAACUUUUGCAUACGUAAAACUCAUUUUGAUUUUGUUUACGCUGAUCAACCAAGUGGCUGUACUAAACUAGUUUGGUUGGACACAGUGUCCUUUCACAUGUACGUCUAAAUAUCUGUAAUUUGCCAAUUGAUUUCUGUAUUUCAAGUGCUAAUGGAAUUCUAUGUUCUGAAUUAAUCUGCUAUAUUGAAUUUAAACGUGCUACUCGUGGGCACAAGUUUGAGA